GAUUGGUCCGAAAAUAAAACGCGGCUGUUAUUGAAUUAUCGAUAAUUAGUUAUCGGAAAAACUAUAGCUUUGAAUACAAUAUAUUGCUUUGAAUUAACAGUUAUUUCUGAUAACGCCGUAAAUAUCCCGACAAAUUUUGCAAUUUUCUUACAAGCUGGUCUUUGGUCAAAAUAAAUGAAUUAAUUUUUGAUCUGCUAUUAUGCUUUCGAAGACUAAACAACAAAAGCCUAAUGGUUUCAUGGUAUUCACGCUCGACUGGAGAAAUAAGUAUGGGAAAAGUAUGAGUAUACCCGAAGCCACUGCAGAAGCAGGUAGAAUUUGGAAAACCAUGGAUGCUGAGCAGCGAGCUCCCUAUAUCAAACAGGCAAAAGGUGGAGAUAUGGUUGUUGGUAACAAUGUUCGGGAAAAAUUAACGUGCACAGGUGCACCACUAUCCCUGGUAGAGAAAGAACGCUACGAUCAGGAAACAAAGGAGCUUCAGGCAAAGCGUGAUAUAGAAAACAUAAUAAGAAAGAGUGUGCAAAAGGGCCAGUUCGAGUGGCAAUCGCAUUUCUUCAUUAUGGCCAACUAUUUUACGAAAACUAUGAGAGAUGGUGUUUAUGUUCCCGCUGAAAUUGCAGUGUGCCGAUUUUCUUUGAGGGAUGGCGUACAAGAAGUGUAUCAAACCCUCAUUAAUCCAGGGUUUAAUAUUUAUGGUCAUCGAUACGAGGCACAACAUCAUUCAGACACUACUCACGGCCUUCCGUUACCGCCUAAUGCUAUGGGCGAUACAAACUUGGGGAAAAUUUAUAACGACAUUUUAGAUUUUAUACGUUUUCCGGAUAGUGAUAAAUAUUCACCAGUGUAUACACACAGGGAUUGUAUACAUAUUGUGGAAUCUAUACUGGAUUUUUUAAAAACUGACUCAGAGGCAAAUAAUAUCGAUGUCAAGGUUUAUUCCAUACAACACUUACUUUUUACUAUGAAGAAGGUGACAUGUGAAGCGGGAGAAAUUGAAAAGCCCACAAGUUUUUAUAUAACCGACGCAUACUUUGAUCGCGAUUUCUUUGAAUUUCAUUCGGGUAUUGGUUGCCAAUUUCACGAGGACAAGGACAAAUGUAAAUACUGCACUCAGUCAUACGUAACCCGUUGGGGUUUCAUGUUUGCAGAUUAUAUGUGCCACGACAUCGCCAUAGCUCUUGUACCAGGUCGUCAUUGUCCUGAAAAUACGAAUGUAAAUGCCAUUGUGACUCCAGCACCUAGUGAAUACACGGACCGUGAAUCUUUUGUAUCCUUUGGAACAACAUCAACAAAUCUAACAAAACCUAUUGCCGGAUCAAAGAUUUAUUAUGAUGACCAAAAAAACAUAUUGCCGGAUGCAAGCAAAACGUAUAACAUUAAUUUUCCCGCAUUGGGUGAAGACAGUGCUGUUUGUAACGCCAGAAAAAAUGCCUUAGCCCUACACUGUUCCAUCAAAUCUAAAAAUGCCACGUAUAGUUUCGAUGCAGAUGAGUUGGUAGACUGUGGCAGUUUUAAUCCUUGGUCGAUGCGAUCACGCAAUGUUCCGAAAGAACCCUUGAAUUCCCAUUUCGACACCAAUUAUACUCAAGAAAAAUUUGAUUCGGAUGCUGAUGAAUCCUGUUCAGUCAUUAGUUUCGGCCGUGGUCGUAUAUCUUUCUUAGAUUCCUCUUUUAGUACAAUAGGCGCUAGUAGUUAUGGCCGUGGACGCUAUAUGCGUCCUUAAACAAACGGUGAAAGUCGAGGAGAUUUUCGAAUUGAUGAUGACACACAAAUCCACAACUUUUAUCUUAGUAAUUAGAUACCUGAAAUGGAAUGGAAGUUUCAUAUGUUAAAUAGUUUCUAAGUUUUCUUUUUGAUAUCGUUUGAAUGCGCUUGUUUUUUUUUUCUUUUCCCCAAUCAAUAC